GUCACUAGUCGACGUUGAUAGUCUGUCAAGGGCGCGUAGAAAAAGAAAACCUUUAACACGUUUUGAUUAUAGUCGGUAUAAUCAAUUCUCUGGAAAUACGUAAAUACUUGUGGUUAAAGCUACUUUGAUUACAACUCUUCGUAUUUCAUCAGUCAAUGAAGAUGCAUACGUGGGCCUUUAGUUUGAAAGUCCCAACCGGAAUAAGUGCGUGAUGUUGGAUACUAGCUUGGAAAAGGGCAGCACUGACUGGGCCACAACAAGCACCCAAGAAGGGAAUACGGUGCCAAAACUGUCAUCAAAAUCGUCGAAGAUGAAUUCUUAGCUGCGGUGAACAACGGCGCUAUGCCCGAAAGUCAUUGCGAGUGGAACCGGAGUGUUCUGUGAAGCUCGAAAGCGGACGCUGACGUCGAAUCGUGCGUAACGAGCGGAGUUCGAAAAGAAGGUGUUGAGCAGCAAUUUUUUCUACCCGUCUGCCAGGGACAACUUGGAUCUGACUACUGCUUUUAUAGGAAGAGGAGAGACGACGAGAAAGAUAGCAGCCACGAAGACCACCGCAUACGCUGGCAUGGCAGGCGGGGCCUGGGGCACUGGAAACUCUUCAGAGGCUUCGUGGUGGACAAGGGACUAAGGACUAAAGGGAGUGCCGUCGCCUGAGCAGAAUGACUCAGCAAGAGGGGGGACCCCCACGUAGCAAGUGAAGAGACGUAGGAUGGGUGCCAAUGGAUCAAGCUAUCCUCACUCAUGCUCCCCACGCAUAGGAGCCAAUGCACAGACUCAGCAGACCUUUAUUGGGACCUCAUCGUACUCGCAGCAUGGAUACGCCUGGGAGUCCAAGCUUUACAGCCUGGAGCACGGCCACGAGCGGCCUACCGACAGGAAGAAGAAAAGCCUCGGCCUGGCUACCCUCAAACGGCGGUUCAUUAAGCGAAAAAAAUCCAGUCGCUCAGCAGAUCACGCCCGGCAGAUGCGCGAGCUGCUGUCCGGGUGGGAUGUCCGUGACACUAACGCUCUGGUGGAGGAAUACGAGGGUACGGCGGCCCUCAAGGAACUGAGCUUCCAGGCCAGCCUGGCACGCGCAGAGGCGCCCAGUUUGCCCCGUGAUCUGGCUGCCCUUUACCAGCAUAAGUACUGCACUGACGUAGACCUCAUCUUCCAUGGGACUUGCUUCCCAGCGCACCGGGCCAUCCUGGCUGCUCGCUGCCCCUUCUUCAAGACUCUGCUGUCCUCAUCUCCCGGAUACGGCGCAGAGGUUCACAUGGACAUUGAGACGGCAGGCAUUGACGUGCCCAUGUUCUCAGCGCUCCUACACUACCUGUACACGGGGGAGUUCGGCGUGAGCAGCGCGGAGGAUUCCCGGCUGCAGAAUGUGGACGUCCUGGUACAGCUCAGUGAGGAGUUCGGAACGCCCAAUUCUCUGGAAGCAGACAUGAAAGGCUUGUUUGACUACAUGUGCUACUAUGAUGCUCUAUUGAGUUUUUCUUCAGACUUUGAAAUGGUCGAGAGUUUCAAUGCGGGAGCACCAGCCGCUGGCUCAGGUGGUGGCGGAGGACCGGGCACUCCAGAGGAGGACCUUCGAUCUCAUAAGGCCAUUCUCUCCGCACGCUCCCCUUUCUUUAGAAACCUUUUGCAAAGGCGCAUUCGAACCGGAGAGGAAAUGACAGAGCGCACGCUGCAAACGCCGACCCGUAUCGUGCUGGAUGAGUCCAUCAUCCCUCGCAAAUAUGUGCAGGUGAUUCUCCACUGCAUGUACACGGAUGCGGUGGAGCUGUCACUGGUUCUCCGCGGUAGCCCCUCUGCGGGCAGCCUCGGGGAGGUUCAAGCCUUAGUGUCAGGGGGCCGGGGGGCCAGCACGCGAACAGAAGAGGCCAUGGAGCUCUACCAUAUCGCUUUAUUCUUGGAGUUCAGUAUGUUGGCUCAAGGUUGUGAGGACAUUAUCGUGGAAAGUUUGUCCCUUGACUCGCUCGUACCGAUCCUCAAAUGGAGCUCGCAGCCUUACGGCUCCAAGUGGGUACACAGGCAGGCCAUGCACUUCCUCUGUGAGGAGUUCAGUCAAGUUGUCACCUCAGAUGUUCUUUAUGAGCUCGGCAAGGAGCACCUUCUCAGCGCAAUCCAGUCAGACUACCUACAGGCCAGUGAGCAGGACAUUCUCAAGUAUGUUGUUAAGUGGGGUGAGCAGCAGCUUAUUAAGAGGAUGGCAGACAGGGAGCCCAAUCUUUUGAGCGGCACAGCCCACAGUGUCAACAAGCGAGGAGUGAAAAGGAGAGACUUGGAUGUAGAGGAGCUGAAGGACAUCCUAUCCCCACUUCUGCCCUUCAUUCGAACUGAGCACAUUUUGCCCCCACACAGCGAUGUCCUCUCCGACGCGCUCAAAAGAGGUUUGAUAAGCACCCCUCCAUCAGACAUGUUGCCGACGGCAGAAGGGGGUAAAGCAAAUGCUUGGUUGAGGCAGAAGAACGCUGGCAUCUACGUGCGUCCUCGCCUCUUCACCCCUUACGUAGAAGAGGCAAAGUUGGUGCUUGACGAAAUGAUGGUAGAGCAGACUGAUCUGGUGCGUUUGCGACUCGUGCGUAUGUCCAACGUCCCGGACACCCUCUACAUGGUCAACAACGCCGUGCCCCAGUGCUGUCACAUGGUGAACCAUCAGCAGAUGACCGUCAACUCAGUUGCCGCUCCAUCAGUUGUAGCAAAUGAAAUCCCAGUGCCUCAGCUUCCGGUGGUGAAAGAGAUGAUUCGGAGGCUCCAGGAACUGAGACACACGGAGCAAGUCCAACGGGCUUACGCCCUCAACUGCGGCGAGGGUGCAACCGUCAGCUACGAGCUGCAGCUGCGAGUUCUCCGGGAGUUCGGUCUGGCCGACGGAGCCGCCGAACUUUUACAGAAUCCCAACAAAUUCUUUCCCGACGAGCGAUUCGGAGACGAGAGUCCGAUUCUAGCUCUGCGCCAGGUGGGUCGAUGUCGUGUAAACAGCAGCCCGGCCAUGGAUAGCAUGUUCACAGAGUUGGAAGGCGUAGCGGGCUUCCACCUGCCGCUACCUCCCCCGCCUCCUCCUUAUCACCCACCCGCUACGCCUGGCCACUCUCAGCUCAAAGGCGCCUGGCGACCCCGCGUUCCCGUGCCCACCCCCACCCGUUCCUUCUCCUAUCCCUGCAACCGCACCGUUAGCCAGCGCCAUGCGGCGGCCAAGCAUGGCGGCUCGGACUUCUCCUCCGUGCCCAGACCCCAGCCCCCAGACUGCACCGAACCGCAACCUAUGGGCCGAGCCUUGCUUUCAGAACAGCAAGCGAUGGGCAUGGAGCCUGUUAUGAGGGAAUUUAUGCCUGACAUCGCGCUGGGCGUCUCAGUCAUGUCGCUGAGGGAACAGCAUGUUUCCGAGAUUGACCGGGAAAGCCCUCGCAGCCCCAUGGGUCCCCCCGGCCACCAUCUGACGAUGGGGCCCUGCCCCUCUGUUCGCCACAAUCACGGCCCGGGACACGGACACUCCUGCAAAAGGCACGCACCUGAUCCCAAGCCGGAGGUACCGCCGGAGUUCCCCGACCUGUACGACUUCUCCCGGCGACCGUCGUCUCCGGGCUCCGCGCGCACUCUGUCCACGUUCGCCGGACCGGACCUCUACAGCCACAGCGUCGCCCCCUUCACUCAGACUUACAUCAACGACUCUCAUUGCCAGGGUCACGCACAGGGACGGACCGGCCCGGACCCGCUACGGCUGGACGUCCUUGGCGUGACCUCUCAGAGGCACGACGCGGCGGGCCUCUCAGGGCCGCAGCCCAGGGCAGGACACGCUCCGAGGGGCCGCGCCGAAGAGACGGACCUGACUCACGGCUUAAGCCGCCUGCGUUCGUCCGGCGGAAACGCGGACGGUUACGAGGACAGAACGGCCGGGACUCGAGACGUUUCGGAAGACUCGGUUCUCGCCGGAGAAUCGCAGCAGCCUCACAGAAACAGCCUCACCGAGGACGCAGCCCGAGAACGCAGGUCGCCCGGAAAGCCCGACUACCCGUACAAAAAGUCUGCACUUUAACCCCGGCGAUUGAGUUGAGAAAAGGGAAUGACUGACAGCCUGUUGUAUUGAAUGACCGAGCACUAAAUAGUAUGUGUGUACGCGCGUGUGUCUGUGUGCGUUUAACAGAAGCAUGGGCAAAAACGAUGGCCAUCAUACGGUGUCCAGUUUGUCCUACCUCUGCCAAUUGACUUAAUCCGUCGCGCAGUCAGUCAAGGGGCAAUUGUCCAUCUCUACUCAGAUGUGUGUGCUGAUUUGUGUUUGGAGUCGAUACCUUGUCAAGCGUGCGCUUCUCAACACCUCACGUAGCUCAGUUUUCAAGCGCCGGCUGAACAAGGACUCCAUUCACGGCGAUGAGGGUCAGAUGGCAGGAUGAGAUUGCCCGUUUACAAAAGGCCACACAAUCUGGAGGGGGAGCAUUGUGAUAAAAAUCUGAUGUAAAUGUCCCCUGGCGUCGUAGCAUCCCGCACGACUCGUUUCCAUCGUGCCGUUUCUGAAAUCGGAUCCGACGCAAAGUAGGUCACGGGAGCUCGUCUUCACGUGUCCGAUAACUGUAACUGCCAAGUCCAAACGAUUGCGGCGACUCCAUUGCGGGCUUUUCUGGUAGUUUGAGCAAGAAACACUGUCAAAGGGAUCCAAGGAUAGAAAGACAUGUAGUUCUUAGAACAUAAAUGCCAGUAAGAGUUAUACUAAUUUGAUAUUAAAACCUAAUUUUUUGGCUUAAAAUUUUACAAAUUUUAUUAAAACGAAAACAUUAAAAGGGGUUUUAAUAUCAAACUACUAACUACAAUUUCUGUAGAAAUUACUCUAGGUCUUUAGUGUGUGGAGAUACAGAUCUUAUCCCCGCCCAGGUCGGUUUUGGGACAUUUCGGGGACAAUAACAGGUCACAUCCUGUUGAUUUGGGGACAUUUCAGGGACAUGUCCAGGUCAUUUGGGGACAUUUAGGGGUGUGUCGUGGUCAUAUCACGUCAUUUGGGGGGUGGCAUGUCCUGGUCAUAUCAGG